CAGGCGGAUCAAUAGGCGAGCGUCCUGCCUCUCCCGAACUGCCGAUCCCCGACCCCCGUCCCCAGCCCGCCACUCUGAGGCCACUCGUUAGACCGACGCGGACGCCUCGGUUCAUCCACCACGAUUAAACUGCGAACUCACGAAAUGGAGAACAAACAUUGGUGGUGGUUGGGUGCGGGGCUGAUUCUGCUGUCUGUCGCCGUCGUGUCCGCUGACGGCGAGGUUUGGGAAGAAGGCGACCACGAAGUCCUUGUCCGGAGUGAGAGGGGAGCUAAAAAUAGAGAAACAUGCCGUUACGUGAGAGGUGCCUGGUCAGAAUGUGAUUCCAAGUCCAACGUCCGCUCCAGGAUGUUGACCUUAAAGAAGGGCAACCCAGAGAGCUGCGAGACCACAAAAACCAUACAAAAGAAAUGCAAAAAAGCCUGCCGCUAUGAGAAGUCAUCAUGGAGCGAGUGCAGUCCCAAUGGCGAAAUGUCAAGGACUGAUAUGUUGAAAGCGAAUAGUGACCCCACAUGUGAUCAGAGCAGGCGCAUCACAAAGAAAUGUAACAAGAACAAACAAGUAAAGUCUGCUAAAGAUAAGGGUCGCCGAAAUCGUCAGUAAGCAUCUAAUGUAAUUCAGUUUAGAUUUAUACUGAUUAUAAAGAUGUUUGUUCGUUGAUUCUAAUUUAUGUAAUAGUGCCAAAAUAGUGUCAACAAUUUGAUAUAAAUUGUUAUUUUCGAGUUAAUUCGUAAGCCAAUUUUUAGCUACAAUAUAAAAGUACAAUUUAUCUCAUAACAUUGAAUUGUCGAAUAUUGGAGUUAAGUAGUACAUAUUCAUUUUAUUAUCACUGGUAAAUCAGAUCUUUGAUAUUUAAUUAAAUAAAUAAGUACUUAAGUAA